UAUUAUAAGUAUAAAUAUUAUAGCAUAAAUUUUGUUAUUAUUUGUUAUAAUUGUGAGAUGAUCAACAAAUGUCAUAUGUAAAUAUUUAAAUACAGAUGAAAAAAUAUUCUAUAGUCGAAUUUAUAGAAGAGAACACUGUCGAAAUUAUCCUUUCUUCCUGGAUAUCAUCUAAUAAUAAAACAGCAUUAUGGCCUAAAGAUAUAACUCCAUCAAUCCUAAGAAAAUACUUGAAAAACAAUACUGUACCCAAUGAUAAUUGGAGCUCUGUUAAUAUAAAAGUAUUGGGACAUACAGAUAGUUUUGCUAAUGCUACAAAAAAAGCAUAUAAAGCAGAAGAAACGUCUCACUUGAGCAACAGUGAUUCUGAUUUAGAAACAUAUUGUACAACGAAACGACAGAAGAAAUUACCACUUCGAUAUCAAAGCAAUUCCGAUGAUGAAGAUGUAGCAUUAGAAAAACAGCACGUGCAUUCAACGAAACGAACUAAACAUUCUGUUCUUCCACCUUUUCCCGAAUAUGAAGAUUGUGAAAUAACAAAAACAAAUCAACAUAAAGAAUUACCAAGAGAUUCUUUAAUUAUAAACAGUCCUACAGUAUGCAAUACAAAUGCAAAAAACCAAAGAAAGGAAGUUAAUGCAGAAAAAUCAAACAAUAUUCAGCAUUUUAAAGAAGGUGAGAUUCUAUUACAGUUUUCUUUAAGAAGAAAUAGUACUUUACUCUGA